UAUUCGCUAUAUUUUUAAGUGAAAUAUUUGCGGUUUUGUGAAGGUGUUUGAGUUAACCGUCGUUGCGUUUUUCAGCUUAUUUGGCGUGAGAGUUGCCUACCUUGUCAUUAUAUAAGACUGUUCAGACAACAUGAGCGUCGCGCGAGGUCAGCAAGAUCAGUUCUGGGCCGCCUAUGUUAAUACGUCACAUCUUAAUCGUAUAAAUUAGUUGCCUGAUGAUUGCUUGUUGAGAUGCUUUGAUAAUUAUAUACAUAGUUUAAUAAAUAUUUCAAAAUUGUCUCUUUUUUCUGAUACACCCUGUAUAUAGCAAAUUUAAAAUUUUCAUCGAUAUAGUCAUCGAGCUUACCGGGAUAGAAUAUAUUUGUAAUGAUCUCAAGGAUGCAGCAAUGAGCAAAUUUAUUUGUUUUUGAGCAGGCAUAUGCCCAUAACUAAAUUUCUAAACAACCGCGGAUACUGCUCAAGGCAGAGCGAUGAUCUAAUCUAAUUCGGAGAAGUUAUACCGCAUGAAUAUCUUCUUGCGAUGGCCAUCGUAAUAUCGAUUGAUAUUAAAUACACAUAAAUUUAAUGGCAAACUCGGUAUACAAAACUCCCGCCAAAUAAUGAAAGCCACGCCUAAUCUGAUAUGCCAACGUUGCAACGUAUGCACAAUAAUAUAAAAGAAUCUUUGUAAUUCAUAUGCCUAGUUUGCUUGCUGUUCUUGCAAGUGUGUCGUUAUGAUGUUUUUGAAGCGACGCAAAAAGAAGUUCGUGCUAUUGAUCUUCGUAAUAUUUUCGUUUCAAUCUAUGCUAUCGUAUAUUUUCAACUAUUUUGAACGCAAAUCCAUAUCUACAAGACCGCCAAGAGCGAUUCAUUCUUCUUCAUCAUUAAAUGCCGCAAAACGAAAAGAAAAGCCGAUUGACAUGGUCAACGACUAUUAUCCAUUUGUGGAUUUUAGAUUCGUUUAUCCCGAAAUUUCGCCAAAAGUUGACGUAACGCGGAACAUAUUUAUGAUAAUAUUAGUCAAAUCUGGCGCAAAGGGGAUCAAGUACCGCCAACGUCGCGAAGCUAUCCGUCAAACAUGGGGGAGUAGGGGUAAUUGCGAACAACUUAAAGCAUUGGGAGAUGGAAGACUGAAAGACCUAAGAUGGUUGUUGGUGUUUGUUCUCGGAAAAGCAGGACCAGGAACACGUGACGAUGAAUUAAAUGAAGCUGAAGCCAGACGGUACAAUGAUAUGUUGAUAGGCAAUAUCACUGAUAAUUACGUUAAUGUCAUUAUCAACUUGUACAUGGGUCGUCUUUGGGCGAAAAAAUUUGAUGUAAAAUAUACAAUGAAAACAGACGAUGAUGUUUAUGUGCGUAUACCUCGCGUGUUGGAGUAUCUUGUGAAUGCUAAAUUUCCAAGACCCUUCUACGGAGGUUAUUCUCGGGCACCCAGUCGUGUAAGUCGUAGAGUUGGUGUAAAAUGGGCAAUUAGUUACAAGUACUACGGAGAAGCACGAUUCCCAACGUUUAAUCUCGGAGCAUUUUACAUCUUAUCUGGUGAUCUUCGAAACAAAUUGUUUAACUAUGUUCAUAUACGAAAACCAUUCCACACAGAAGAUGCGUACGUUGGUGUUGCCAUGAGACAUUUUGAGGUAAAGCCAACUAACAUCACUUCGUUUCAUGUAAUACAAAGCAUGGGAAGGUAUAUAAGAUCUUUCAAAGACUGUGAGAUCUUCAGUUGGAAUGCUUUCGGGCAUUCUUUGGAUGCACGAUCAAUUAAAGAACUCCAUCUUCGCGUGCAGAGUCUUGCGUGUAAGAAUACCACUUUAGAUAUCGAGAAUCAUCGUUGCGAAAAGAAUACAAAUUAAUUUGUUGUAUUUGACUUUGGUUCGACAGCAAACUACAAUACUUCAAUCGCUGCUCUUACAGUCGCGGCAAUAGAAGCGUCCGGAAAAAGAUCGAGUAAUUCAUUUGCUCAAAUUUAUCAGUUGACUCCAUGAAAAACUCCUAACUUCUGGUUUCGAAUUGACAAAUCUCUAACCCUAUUGGAUAAUGAAAUCAAUAGAGGCAUAUGAUCGGUCAAUUCGAAACGGAAGUUAGGAGUUUUUGAAAUAUUUGAUGAACUCAGAGCUCCGUAAGCCAAGUGAUAAAUUUAAGCAAAUGAAUUAAGGCUGUUUUCCACUUACGCGUUUUUCAUACGCACGUACA